AUGAUUUCGGAACUGUUUCAAACGAUGCACAAGGCCCGCUUCAGCGGCAUCCGGAUUGUGCCGGAAAACUCGCCCUCUCUGCAGCAAUCGUGCGUACGAGCGUUUGUGGAGGGUGUGCGGAAGACGAACAACGGUGACAGUGCGGACCGGUUGAUGCAGCUGCAGUUUCUACCGGCACCGUUGCUAACACCCAUUCUCGAUCGCAUGUGCCGCUAUCCGGAGUUGCGGGACAUGCUGCGUGAUGAGCUCACCGAUCCGGUGGUGUUUAUGAAGCUGUUCAACGGCUACGUCCCGGACUAUGAUACGCUGGAGAAGUGUCUGCGGGAGGCCGCCCACUCCCGUGGCCGGCCGGCGGUCCUACGGGACCUUGCCAACAACUACUGUGAUAUGUUGCGCACCGAGCUGCGGUUGGUGUUGCACAAAGGUGAUCCGCAGAAUCAGUCGAAGAUCAGGGCCCGGGUGCUGGAAUCGCUUCGCUUCGGUGACUACCUGUACGAGGCGGGCUGGUGUCGAUGUGGCGCAGAGGUGCUAACGCUCACGAACGAGUUGGUCGCGCUGCUACCCCAACCGGGCCGGGCACUGCAGAUGGAGUGUCUGGUGAGGCUGUUGCGUGCGCAGAUCGGCGCCUGUCUGACCUCCCGGGCAGCACUCACCGUACAACGGCUGCUUACGUUCGUCGAGAUGCCGGCCGGCGUGUCCGGUGCACCGCCUCUCCCUCUAGUCAAGGCUUACCUGCAGCUCGGCAGUUACUACUACCAUGUGCGGGAUUACGACCGCUGCCAUCAGUGGGCACUGCGUGCGCUCGCCUCCGCAGCGGACGGUGACGCCCCGGCACAAGGUGACGUCAUCGACGUGCUGCAGCUGAUAGCGCUCUUCUGCAUCGCGAAGGAGCGCCACGACCUUGGCAACAUGCUGAUCAGCCAGGCGGUGCAACGGGCGCGCACCGUGUACGGAAGUCUCCAUCGCAAGUACGCGGACGUCCUUCAGCAGUACGGGUUCGUGCUGCUGCGCAUGAAUGCCAUCCUGCCCGCCAUCACCGCGUUCACCGAGUGUCUCGAUAUAACUGGGCGUGUGUACGGACUGCUCUGCCCGCACGCCGUCGUCCUCGAGGGCUAUCUGGCGCACUGUCUGUAUCUGCGUUCGCACACGACCGGUCGAUUCGAUAUGGCGCUGCGGCAUGCUGAAACCGCACUCGAGCUGGCCCGCCAACUGAUGCCGACAAGCCGGCGCGUCCACCAGCAGCUGGAGCACACGCGGGAUGUUAUCCUGCGCGGUCCGGACCAUCGGCGGGACACCAAAGAGAGUCAACCGUCGCGCGAACGCGACUUCCAUCCCUAUUCCCUGCGCGAGAUCAAAGAGAAGUUCUUCGAGCUGGACUCGUCCUUCGAGCGUGAUGGGCUCGCAUGCAGUGGUUAG